AUGUCCGGAAUUUGGCGGAUGAAUGAAAGGGUUUUGAUCCGUGAAGAGGAGGGGGGGAUCUUCGUGUUCCAGUUCAAGGAGCAGGAAGUGAAGCACCGAGUUCUUCAUGGCGGCCCGUGGUAUUACAGCAAUUCUAUGUUACUGCUUGCAGAUUAUGACGGUCUUAGGGCUCCGUCAGAGGUCCCUCUGCAUUUUCUGGAGGAGUGGGUGGCGGUGACUGGUCUGCGAGUUGCCAUGAGCAACGAGCGGGCUCUUACUCGGAUUGGCAACUUAAUGGGUACUUUUGUGAGGGUUGAUCAAGUGGCGCUGCAAAGGAAGGAAGCCACCCAAAGGAUCAGGCUGAUCUUUGAUGUGCGUCACCGUGUCUGGGCUCGGCGUACGGUCUGCUUCACGCCAGAGGUCUCGGUGGCACUUGAAUUCCGAUUUGAGAAAUGUCGUGGGAUCUGUAAGGGAUGUGGCUUUUUCACCCAUGGCGGAGGUAAGUGUGAUCAGAAGCUGGUGAAGGAGGCGGCUGUGAAGGAGCCGAGUUUGGUUUUGUAG